AACGGUGACCGACGCCAUUGGGGUUUCCUCUUAACUCCUCUUAGCCAUCGCUUUUCCUUCCCCCUAAGCUGCUUCUAUUAUUAUCGCCUAUGCCAAACUCAAAUUUGACCCGCAAGAGAUUUCCUCUUUCCUAAUGCUACUUUUCUUCGUCACUUCAAUCACCUUCUUCUUGUUCCUGAAGUCUCUUUCCCUCAAACGUCAACAACUUUGGACAAGUAAUUUGAGAUUGAUAUCCCUUGUGUUUUGCAAACAGUUACUGUCUGUAAAAUCAAUCUCUAAGUUGAUCGCCUAUCGUCUGUUUCUGGGUUUUCCUUCUCAAAUUCCUUCAAGAAUGUCCCUAAUGAAGAAGAUGGCAUUCACUUCAAGAGUAGAGAAUGUGGAGGAUUCCCAGGAUUCCUCACUUUUGGACUUGCCAGAGCUGGUCUUAGAAUGCAUUCUUGAGAGGCUACCUCCUUCAGCUCUUUGUCAAAUGGCAGGUGUGUGCCGUUCCUUGAGGGAGAGAAGUAUCAGUGAUUACUUCUGGGAGAGGCACAUGAAGCAGAAAUGGGGUAGGAUUAUUGGUAAAGCUGCUUAUAGGGAGUGGCAAUGGCAUGUUGCUUCAAAACAAGACAUGGGCAGUCUAAAACAGGGAAAGCAUAGGGGAUUGAGGAGGUUUCUAUCUCUGAAUUGGUCUUUUUCAUGGAUGAGAUUGAAGGGUGAUGCAAAUAAUAAUAAUAAUGGCAGCGACCAGCCAAGUUCCUUGCCAGUUGAUUCUGUCAUGACUUGGUAUCUUGCUCUCGAGUCUGGCAAUUUCUGGUUCCCUGCUCAGGUUUAUAAUCGUGAGAAUGGUCAUGUUGGAUUCGUGUUAUCUUGCUAUGAUGCUGAGCUGAGCUAUGAUCGGCACACGGACACCUUCCAAGCCAGGUAUCCGCCACAUGGAAGAAGGGCAAUUGCAAUAGAGAAUGGCAUCGCAUGGCAAAGGCUAAGAGCUCCACCAACUGACACUCUCCCUCAUGAUCUUCAUAUUUCUGACUGUUUGAACGAUCUGCGUCCUGGUGAUCACAUAGAGAUUCAGUGGAGGAGAAACAAAGAAUUCCCUUAUGGCUGGUGGUAUGGUGUUGUUGGUCACUUAGAAUCAUGUGAUGGGAAUACUCAUUACUGCCGAUGUCAUAAUAGCGACAUGGUUGUGCUAGAGUUCAACCAGUACAUGCCUGGCUCGCGAUGGAGACAAACAAACAUCAGUAGGAAGAACCAUAGGGAGGAGGGAAAUGAGGCUGAUGGAUUCUAUGGAGGAAUCAGAAAGAUUUACAGUGAGACUGAGAUUGCCACCUGGAAACGCCUUUGGCCUACUCAAGUCUUGGACUAGUAGAAACUGCAUCAGAUCGGUUUUUUUUCACUGUUAACUUAGAUUCAAGCUAGAAACUUACUCGUGUUCUGAAGCAACGCGGUGGUAGAACACGAAGUGAGCAGCUUUCUCUCAUUCUGCAAAACGCACAAUGGAGAGCAUGCAGUUUUCUUCUUUGACAACCCCCCCCCCUUGUAUUAUUCUGGUCAAUUUUUUCAUGGGGAGAAUAUAUUCAUAUGAUUUCCAAUCAAUGUAGAUUACUUUCAUUGAUGCUUUAAAUGAUGUAGAAACAUUCAUUCCACUAUAUACAUAGAAUCUAGCUUCUGAUCUCAAGUUUGCACCUCUGAGAGAUUACACUGAGCUCCAA